GAUCAAUUAUUUUUAGCUUUGGGCAUUUAAGCUGCUUGUUUAUAUGUCAAUGAUGCUUGUUGCCUUACAGAUAAUUGCAACAUUUUUUAAAUGCCUUUUGAGUUGCUUGUUUCAUGUUUGUGUGUUUGCUUUCUGUUGUAUUCAGUAAGCUUCUUUUUUUAAUCGACCGUCUGCAUCCUGUAGCUAAGAUAGCACUUUCAUGAGCCCGAAAAAUUUCAGUGAAAGAUCCAGUAGUGGCUAGCACAUCAUGAGUGGUGGGUUAGGAGUAAGAUGUUGAAAUUGAAAUUUUAGGCUGUAAAAUAUCAAACAAUUGGCAAACCACACAAUACACAGAAUAGUCAAUGGUUGAAUUAACAAUUCUAUUGUUUAAUAUACAAGCAGUUCUAGGAAGUUUACGAAUACUUGUGAGUUGAACAAUUCAAAUAUAAUGUUAGUGUAAGACUCCAGGCUGUGAAUUGGGUUGACUUCAAAAAUCAAGAAUCUUAUCAAAGAUCAUGUUGGCCACAAAAUUGGUAGAUGUCAGCCAGUCUUAAUCAUCCGACCCAGCUUAGUGUCAGAGCUUAUCCCUACAAUUUCCUAUUGCAACUUGAGUUCCCUUCUUGUUCAAUCAAUUACUCAUUCCUUGGUUAGCAAUUGAGUUUACUUUCUUCACAUCUUUUUCGAACUCUAAAGACAUUUCUUUGUUACUCAUAUACAGUUGUAAUUGCUUUGGUUUUCUCUGCUUUGGAUUUAUAUUCAUCUUCGAUUGUUUUGUAUUAAAUUGAUCUUUUGUGCUACUUUGAUUCUUAUGGCGCCUGAAUUUGGUGCAAGUGUGAUAUUGAAGAAGCUGAGUUCUGUUGUUGCUCAAGAAAUUAGUUCAGCUUGGGGUGUUAAGGAUGACUUGAAAAAACUUAAGGAAACCUUGGACAUGAUUGUGGCUGUGACAUCUGAUGCUGAGAAUAAGCAGAUUAAUGACGCUGCUGUGCGACUUUGGCUCAGGAAACUGAAAGAGGUUGCUUAUGACGCGGAUGACGUGCUGGAUGAGUUCUUGUACGAAACCAUGCGUCGAAGGGAAAUGAAUAUCCACAAGAGAGGCAAGGUACGAGAUCUCAUUUCAUCCGCAAACCCACUCUCAUUUCAAUUUAAGAUGGCUCACAAAAUUAGAGAUGUCAACAAAACCUUAGAUAAAAUUGCUCGUGAUAAGGUUAGGUUUCAAUUGGAACCUACUAGCAGCAUUGAUUUUGCUCAUGAUCAAAGUAGUGAGCAGCGGAACCGGCUAACUUCAUCUUUUGUAGAUGACUCAAAAAUUAUAGGAAGAGAAGAUGAUAAAUCAAAGAUUACAAAGAUGUUAAUGAUGACUGAUGCGUCUUCAUCAGUAUCAUCUGGAAGUUAUAGUCAACAAGAAAAAGUCUCCGUCAUAUCCUUACUGGGUAUGGGGGGACUUGGGAAAACUGCACUAGCACAAUUGGUCUUCAAAGAUGACUCAAUUGAGAAACACUUUGAACCAAGAAUGUGGGUCUGUGUGUCUCGUGAUUUUGAUGUCUAUAAAAUCUUAACAAAUAUAAUCGAGUCAAUUACUAAAAGAAAAUGUGAUGAUGCAUCAAAUGUUGAGGUCUUAGUUAGUCAAGUUCAUGAAAAUCUGAGUGGGAAAAAGUAUUUGUUAGUGUUAGACGACCUGUGGAAUGAGAAUGCUGAGGACUGGGAGAAACUUAAAGAUUUACUCGUCGUGGGUGCUCAAGGGAGCAAAAUUUUAGUCACUACACGUAGCCACAAAGUUGCAUCUGUUGUUAUGGGUAUAAUUCCACCUUAUGAAUUAAGUUUCUUAAACCCUGGUGAAUGUUGGUCCAUUAUCAAGAGCAGAGCAUUUUCUCCUGGUGGAGCAUCUGAAACCCAAAACAUGAGCGAUAUAGGAAAGCAGAUAGCGAAAAAAUCUGCUGGUUUGCCCCUUGUGGCCAAAUUUCUAGGAAGUCUUAUGCAUUCAAAGAAGUCUGAGGAUGAUUGGUCGUCUAUAAGAGACAACGACAGUCUCAAUGAUAUUCUGAAUGCAAAUAAAAACCACAGCAACGUCAUUCAAGUUUUGAAGUUAAGUUACGAUAAUCUGCCAUCUCAUCUAAAACAAUGUUUCACUUACUGUUCAAUGUUUCCCAAAGAUUGGGAGAUUAAUAGAGAAACUUUGAUUAGAUUAUGGAUGGCUGAAGGGUUUCUUCAAUCAUCUGUAAAUUCUAGAGGGGGGAAAAAAUCAGCUGAAGAUAUUGGAAACGAUUAUUUUGAGAGUUUGUUAUGGAACUCAUUCUUUCAAGAUGUAAAAGGUAAUGAGUUAGGUGACAUUAAGACAUGCAAGAUGCACGAUCUAGUACAUGAUUUAGCACUGUCUGUCGUUGACAGUCGUGAAAUCAUAACUGUGAAUGCAACUGAAGCAGAUGUUUCUGAAGUUCGUCGUUUGCAGCUAGUUUCCAAUGAAGCAACAUCAGAAAUGCUUGCAAAAGCAUUGAGCAGCUCAAACAAAUUGCGAACAAUUUUUGCACUUAACUCAAAAGGUGAUUUUAAGAUUAAGGAUUUCGUUACCAGUAAGUGUCUGCGAGUACUAUGUUUGAUAGGUUUGUACACUCUAGAAAUUCCAUCUUCAGUUGCGGCGUUUAAACAUUUGAGGUACCUCGACCUCUCAGGAUCUACUAUUGGCGAAGGAUAUGAUGGUUACGUCAAUUGUCUUUACAAUCUAGAGACAUUAGUACUGCGUAAAUGCAUUAGCGUUUGGAAGGUUCUCAAAGAUAUUGGCUCUUUGAAAAAUUUAAGGCACAUCUAUCUUUCUCAUUCUGAUAUUAAAGUGCUACCUGAUUCCGUGGUUAGCUUAAGUAAUUUACAGACACUGGAUCUCAGUGAAUGCCUUAGUUUUGAAUCGUUGCCCAUAAAUAUAGGGUCGCUACAAAAUCUAAGGUACCUUAAUAUUAGAGAUUCGUUGAUCACAAAACUACCAGAGUCAAUCACUAGUAUCAGCAGUUUAUCUGAAGUGUAUUUCACUUAUUGUAAACUCUUAGAAGCUUUACCUAGUGACUUUGGAGCAUUGACACGAUUGAGGGCGCUUUACCUUGUGGGGACUGGUGUGAAAUUAUUGCCCGAAUCUUGCGUUACGAAACUCUGCCAUUUAGAGGCAGUGGAUCUAGGAUGGAACUGUGAGCUUCCAAAAGAAGUUAAGAACUGGCCGAAGUUAAGAAGUCUUGAGUACAAUAGAAACAAGGAUGAAACGCCUAGGGGUAUAGAUAGGCUGACUUGCCUUGAAUCCUUAAGGUAUAUGGUGCGGAAAGAAGAUGUUCUCAAACCUGAUGAUAGUGGUAUUGAAGAGCUAGGAGACCUAAGUGCACUUCAGGAGUUACAUAUCCGGAAUCUCGAGAAUGUGAAAGGUCGGGUAGACGCGGAAAGAGCAAACUUAAAGAAGAAAAAAAAUGUUCACCAUUUGAAGCUAUUUUGGUCAUUAAUUCGAGAACCUGGUUGUCCCUCUGAAGAUGGCGAUGAUGAGCGAAGUAACAGCAGAAGUGUCAGCGAUAGCAUGGUUUUGGAAGGUCUCCAACCUCACCCUAAUCUGAAAGAAUUGCAAUUGUUUGGAUUUUACGGUUCAUGGCUUCCAAAGUGGAUGGGUGGUGGUAUUAAAUCUUGCAUUCCGAAUCUGGUGGAAUUGUACUUUUAUGAAUGUGGAAACUGUAAUCAACUUCCAGCGCUCGGUCUGCUCCCGUGUCUUAAGGUUCUUUGGAUGAGUGGAAUGAAAACUGUGAAGCGUUUAGGUAAUGAGUUUUAUUUCGAAGAAAUGGGAGGUGAAGAUGGAAGCAGUUACACGAUGAAGAAAGCAAACCCAACUACGGUUAUAUCAUUCCCUUCGUUGACCAAGCUGCGCAUUCAAAGCAUGAAUAAUUUAGAGGAGUGGAUUUCUCCUCCUCCGCCUUGUAAACCUUUUCCUUGCCUUGAGGAGCUGAGUAUUGGUUACUGCAAAAGAUUAAAAACCACGCCUAGCCAUUUUCCUUCCCUGAAGGAGUUGGAAUUAGAGGGCAUCAGCGACAAGAAUUUAAUCUCAAUGGCCAAUAGAGGCCUGACCUCUUUCAGAUCUCUUACUAUAAGGAAUUCUCCAGAGCUUAUAAUUUUCCCGCAAAGCCUACUCCUUCACAAUUAUCAUCUUCAGUCUCUAGCAAUCUUGUGCUGCGAUAAGUUUCAAGGUUUUCAUCUAAAUGAGGCUGAAGCGUUAUCAUGCCCUGAAGGCAACUAUACCAGCAACAUCCGCUUUUUGGAGUUAUUUGCAUGCCCUGCUGUAACAUUUCUGCCGAUCUUAAAAUUCUGGACUUCUAUCCGGAAAAUAAGUCUUAAAGAUUCGGGAAGAGUCAACGGAGUGUUUAAAAUUGAUCCACCACAAGGACAAUGAAAAAUGCUGCUGCAGAAUGAAGGAGAAGUGAGUUACAAUGAAAGUUCUUUGUUCGGCUAGCUGGAGUAUUGCGACAGCCAUUCAAAUAGUAUUACUACUUUUCCUACGACUUCCCAUUCAAGAAGAUCUAUAUGUGGAUGCAGGGCAAUUUCCUCAACUUCUGGCAAGUAUGAUACAUAUAUUUAAAGCGUCUAACGACAUUGGUGAAGUGAAAGUCAAUGAGCCAAAGAAAGCUAGAAAAAGUAAAUCUGCCAAGACAGAGGAUGCUGAACAAAUUACCAAGCCUACAGGGAGAAAAAGUCGCAACUCAAAGAAAGCUGGACAUUGUGAUACAUAAAUCAAUUAACACAAGAUCUUUGCUCAAUCCAGAACCAAAAUUUUUGUGGAAGAAAGUACUAACGAACUCUAAACUGAACCGAAAAAUGUCUUUUCGUAGAAGGGAAAUUAAUUUUAACAAAAAUGUUACAACAGGAUCUUUCCAGUCAUGAGAAAAUAUCUCUUUGUACAGUCUACAACGAUAUUUGAAUCUGACAUAUCUGCUGCCAGUAUAUUGAAAAGAAUAUAUUUGAUGCA